UGUGGAAUUUGGUGUAUGAAGCAAUGUACCGGAACUAUGACAACUUCGGUGGAGGGAGCGAUCAGUCCUCCAAUACUGGUUCUCCAAGAGUUACUGGACCAAACUCUGGAAUGCUAGAUUCGGGUGACACACCUACACAACAGCAAGAGCCUCCCCCUCUCUCACACCCCUCCCCCCCUCUCCCUCACCCCGUUCCUCUCCACCAUCCUGCUGCCAUGUCCUCCCAGCAGAAGUUCCCAUUGGCCGGGCCUGCUCAGUUUGUUCCCAGCCUCAAUGCCAUCACCUCCAACCAGGAUCUCCAGUGGCUUGUACAGCCAUCUCUCUGGGCCCAGCCGGGUCCCUCUGGGAGCCCCCUGCCCCCUUUCCUGAACCCUCCAGGACCACGCUGCUUGACGCCUGCCCAAUCUGCUCACCCAGGGCCAGCGGUAAGGGGUGGUACGGCACUAGGGGGCACAACGAGAAGGCGACCGGAUGAACACCUGACACCAGAGGAACUGGAGAGGAGGAGGAUACGGAGGGAACGAAACAAGAUGGCUGCUGCUAAGUGCCGUAACCGCCGCCGCGUGCUAACGGACACCCUGCAGAAUGAGACCGACCGCCUGGAGAGUGAUAAAGCCCAGCUACAGAAGGAGAUCGCCGGGCUGGAGAAGGAGAAGGAGAAGUUGGAGCUGGUUCUGGAGGCCCACAAGCCCAUCUGCAAGAUCCACAGCUCUGACUCCGACUCCGACCACAGUUCUGCGAGGCCCACCACAGGGCGCAUCAAAACCGAACCAGAGGAUCACGAGCUCCCUGGUCCUUCGUGCAGCAGCCGCCGCACCAGGCCUGAAAAAGCAAAGCCAAAAAUGACCCUGCCAACCCCUGUCACCCCCUCCCCUGUGUCCUCUGCUCCUCCUUCUCCCCCUGAGCCUGAAUCUCUGCACACCCCUACCCUCAUCUCCACCCCUUCUCUCACCCCCUUCACCGCUAGCCUGGUUUUCACCUAUCCAUCUGCCUCCCUGGACACUAACACCGCACCCCUCUCCCAACCCCACUCCUCUUCUACAGCCCAGUCUUCACAGACGAGCCAGCCUUGUGGAGUUGCCCAUCGCCGUAGCAGCAGUAGCGGGGACCAAUCGUCUGAUCACUCUCUCAACUCCCCCACCCUCCUUACCCUCUGAUUGGC